UUGGGUGAUGUAUUAAGUAGAUCAACAUUUGGUACAGUGUAUAAGGGUGUAGUUCGUGGUCAGAAUGUAGCAAUCAAAAGAUAUCCUAUUAAGUCGGUCGAUCAUAACGUCGAUGAACAAACAAUAGUGGAUGGAUUCUUGCGUGAAGCACACAUGCUGAGUCAAGUACGAUGUCCAAACAUCCUAUUGUUCAUGGGAUAUAGUCGCAACACAGAUAGUCUAUUCAUCAUCACCGAGUUGAUGACCAGUGGCAGCGUGCGAGACGUUGUGCGUCGCGACCCACGAGCAAUCGACGUUCACCGCGCACUUGCCAUCGCACGCGACAUUGCUGUGGCGCUUAGCUGGAUGCACACACAGACCACGCCGCUACUGCACCUUAACAUCAAACCGGCAAACAUCUUGGUGAAUCGCGACCUCACCGCGGCCAAGAUAUCAUCGUUCCGCACCAGCAAGCAAAAGCCAGUGGACGUGGCGUCGGACGGCCUGCUGACGGGCCAGGCCGGAUCGAUACCAUACAUGGCGCCAGAGAUGCUACUCAAUCAGCGAUACAACGAGAAGUGCGAUGUAUACUCUUGGGCCAUCACACUAUGGGAGAUGGCAACGGGCAAGGAGGCCUUUGGAGGCAUGUUCAACACACUGCCCGAGAUGCACGCCGCUGUCGCGGGUAAGGGAGUGCGACCUCCACUACUGGAAUGGUUCCCAUUCAGUCUCAAAGACUUGUUAUCAUCGUGUUGGGCACACGACCCAUCGCAACGACCCAGCUUCAGACAGAUCAUUGAUGAGCACAGACUGGAACAAGUGAUGGUCGAUCACGUACUGCAUCACGAUGUCAUCGCUCGACAGUUUUGGUCCAACAACUUCUUGGGCCGACGCGAUGUGUCUUGGGACACCUUCCUCCACACAUUCUCUAUAUACUUCCAUUUUAGUGUGCGCGAUCCCUCGCCUGCCAUCACGCAGCUCAUCCACUGUCUGAAGCUGGUCAUGGUGCCAGGCGAGCGUGUGAGCAUCGAGCAGUUUGGUCGGUUUGUCGCUUGGUUUGGACCCCUGGCCGUUGGAAAGGGCUCAGUGAUCUUGGAGCGAAUGUGGAAUACCUGUUGUUGGACUGAUGGGUUCCAGGGCGACAUGGCGACGGGCGAGGCCAUCAAUGCCAAACUGCUACACACACCAGGAAACUACUUGAUCAGAUUCAGUACCAGUGCAUUGGGACACUUUGCCGUAUCAUAUAUUAAUAAGAACAAACAGGUCAAUCAUGUAAAGGUGGAGUACGCCUUUGACAAAGGAUUCCAGUUCUCUGAUGAACGCGUGUUCCACCCAUCACUGGCCAAACUUGUUGCCACCAAGAAGUCAAUGUUCAAAUAUCCAAUCAUUGAAUCAAACUUUAACAUCAUCAAGAACACAUCAUAUCUGCAACAAAGUAAUGGUCCGGCAGUUUAUUGUGAUGUUCCAAUUCACAAGAAA